GGCUGCGUCACCGACGACUGCGCAGGAAGGGUUUGAAACGGAGAAGCUCAAUUGGGAUCUGGUCAAUCUGAGUUGUUCUGUUUGCCGUUUUCAGUUGUAUCCUAUAGUUAAGCGGCGAAGGCCAAUCGGCUCCAGCGCAGAGCGUGCUCAGCACGGUCCGUUCACACAUCUUUACAACACCGCGAGCAGGAGCACCAAUCCUGUAGGGAGUUCGCUUGCAUCAGAAACUCUUCUUUCGGUCUUCACCUUUGAGGGUUUGCCAUGCUCUCUCUCCUCCAACGCGAACUCUCAUUCUUCUCGAACGAAGCCAAAAAGAAGCAAUCCAACGUUAAAGACGCCGCAGACACCUCCGCAAAACUCCUCACCGAAGCCGCCCGUCAUGCCCGUACAUCCGGCGAAUCAGACCUAGCUAACGAACUACGUGCCCGGCCGGCCUUCUUUACGACUUUCUGGAGGGCAUGCGAGACGAAGGAUGCAAAGUUCGUUAAUUCGAGUUUACUGGCGUUACAGCGGCUGAUACCGACUGCCGCUAUCCCGGACACGUCGCUGCAUUCGUUGAUUCGGGCGUUCGUCGUCGCCUCUCGUAUUCCGAGCACGGAUAUCAACCUCAAGCUUUUACAGUGUUUACCACCAUUGUUCACCUCGCCCUACUAUGCUCAUGCCUUAACAGGCGAACUCUUAUCCGAUGCACUCCGAAUCUGUUUUGAAUUUGCGACCACGAGAGGGGGCGGGCUGGUCAGUGAUAUCGCCGGCGCGACAUUACGGCAAUGCUUACGAUCGCGCUUCGAGCUCUGCGAGGUCGAAGGUGACGAAGGACAGAAAGCCGCUCGAUCGCUGCUUGACGCCCAGAAGAUAUUCGAGGAUUUGUGCAUCUUGGUAGGCGGUGCAAGAGAUGGGACCAGCACCCCUUCCUUCCUCAAAUUGAAUAAUCUGCAUACCGACCUGGCUCUGGAAUUGAUCGAAGGGAUUUUGUCGGGGCAUAGUAGUUUGUUGGCAACCCACGAGGAGUUUGUGAGAGUAUUACAAGCACGACUGGCACCUCCCAUCAUCCAAUCUUUUUCCGAAAAGCGAGACUUCACCACAACCAUCCGGACAGCCCGCGUUGUAUCCCUACUACUUCGAAGAUUCCUGCCACACCUCGUCACGGAGUGUGAGAUCAUUUUGUCUUUACUCCUCCAUAUGCUCGAACCGGACUCCACAUCCGCUGCGUGGCGACGGAUGUUGGCGAUGGAGAUACUGAGAGAGACGGUUUGCGGAGAACAUGAUCUACUACGACUCAUUUACACAUCGUACGAUGCUGCUGAUACGCAUAAACCGAUGCUUAGGGAGUUGGUAACGGCGCUAAACCGUCUCGCGUCCGAGAAGAUUGCGUCCUCAACGCCUGCUGUGAUGCCGUCGUUGAAUCGCGCGGAGUCAGCAUAUGAAGUAGCUGGAGGCGUCGCAAACAUAUUGUCGACAGCGCUCACUGGUACAUCACAGGAUAAUCUCAUAGUGUCUAAUUCUUGUGAGCCGAAGACUCCGUAUAUUGAGAUGCUGGAUAAAUCUGGUCCGCCGCCGGGAAUCGCGUCCGGGUAUUUGGGGUUGCUUGUUGUGGAGUGUGUUAGAGGGAUCGUGGAGGGGUUAGUUUGGUUUUGUGGGCCGUUGGUGGAGGGAGAUCAAGCCCUUGCUGAGGCCGUACGGGCGGAAGAUGUUUCUCCAUCUGACGCCAGGUCCAGUAUCACGAGCGGACCCGGGAAAUGCUCUAUGGAGAGUGAGGAGGGUAUGGUGAGGGAAUUCAAAGGCGAGAAGCCGGUGGAUUACGAUGAUGUUAUGGAGUGUAAGCUGAUUCUGAAUGAUAACUGGCCGGGGUUGUUGGCGACGUUCUCGACCUUUCUAUCCUCGACACUCCUCGACUCGACACUCUUCGAAGGCAUCGUGGGGUCCUUUGGGGAGUUGACCGUGCUGCUCUGCCGUCUGGGUUUGGCGACACCGGCUGAGGCGUUCAUGACGAUGUUUUUGCGGUAUGCGACCCCGUUGGGUGCAGAUGCAGGUGCUGGUGGGUCAACUCAACCAGGUUACAGUUUGAGCACGGCUUCGUUCUCUAUGGCGUUGGCCUCGCCUACGAUAUCGAAGGUUAUUGAUGGCGCACGGAGUUUGUGGGGCGCCGAAGCAGUGGCUAUUUCGCCCGGCUCCAUUACACCAGUGGGGACACUUCAAGACGGCGGCGGGCAACAGCCGUUCUCGAGUCGGAACCUGAUUUGCGUUAAGUGUUUGCUCGACGUUGGUCUCAAACUUGGAGACGACCUCGGGAAGGCGUGGUCGAUCGUCUUAGAGGGCUUACAGCAAGCUGAUCUGGGGUUGUCGACGUCUACAUCACUUUCGUCAAAACGAACGAGUCAAAGGCCGGACGACUUGGGAGUUGAUCCGAGGAAUGUAGUUGAGUUGCAGGAACGUAUGAAGGAGAUGGUUGAGAAGACGACGUCAUUUGCGCAUCCCGAGUUCCGGGGGUUCCUUGAGUGUCUUUGUCAGUUGAACGCGACCCUGAUUGGAUUGAUAACGAGUACGGAGUCGGAUCCUGGAUAUGUUGCGUCCUCUGCAAAUGCUUCCUCGCCCCCGCCUUCUCCUGCGGCAAUAAUUCGGCACAGUCACCGUCGAACCGCGAGUUCGGCGAGUCUGUCAAGGAUUAUCACGUUGACGUCGAAUCCCCUGAAGCAAACCUUUGCAUUGGACAAGUUGCUUGAAGUUGCUGAGCACAAUAUUCCAAGAUUCGCGCGGUUGAAGCCGGAGGCGUCGGGGUGGAAGCUCAUCGUCGAGCAUUUACACAAGACUGUACGAGCGAGGGAGGUAUCCAAUGAUGUUCGGGUCCGGGCAGCUAAGAUUAUAUGCAGGCUUGCCAAGCUAUUGUCAUUGCAAGAGGAGGUAUACGAGAUAGCCGGGGCUCAGCAGCGCUUUCUACGGUCACUGGAACCUCUAGUGCUUGUCACGCAAUCUCAGUCAACAAUAUCUAUCCCAGACUCUUCGACGAAAGCUGCUGAACUCGAAAUCCGGAGAUUGGCGCUAGAGACUUUGAAAGACGUGCUUGACGAGUCUGGCCAAGCGCUGACGGAGGGAUGGGAUAUUGUCAUCGAGAUUCUCCGAUCUACGACGACGAGGUCUGCGAGUUCUGGGUCUGGGACGGCCACGCCAACGCCGGAACUGUUAUCGCUCAAUCCUGUCUCAGAUAAAUUGGUACGGUUGGCUUGUGAGUCCGUCCAACUCAUUUUUUCCGAGUAUCUCGCCGCUGUUCCUGUUGCAGCGCUGACCACGCUCAUCGAGGCACUUGGCUCGUUCGCUGGGCAAGAUGAAGAUUUCAAUGCUGCCUUGACCUCUGUUGGUUUGUUCUGGAUCUUGUCUGAUUACAUUCAAGCGCAAUGUCCGUCUUCGGUCGAUUUUGAGCGUGUUUUUGACGGCUACGAAGAUGUUAUACGCUCAAAUCAAGAACGACCCGAGGAUGUGUAUGCAUUGUGGAUGCGACUGCUCCUUCAGCUCUGCGAUCUGGCGAAAGACGAGAGACCCGAGGUGAGACAUGCCGCGAUUCAGAUCAUCUUCCGGGUCUUCUCAAACUUCAAUGGAGGUGUUCGUGCUUGGCAGUCUUGUUGGAUCAUCUUAGCUCAAUUGAUGAGUUACAACCCCGAUUCGAAUCCCGAUCAGUAUGAGUACGAGCAAGAGGACUUGCGCCAUGGGGAAACUACCAAUCUUCUUCUCGAGGGCAUAUCUAACGUGUUCACUCAGCACAUCGAGGUGUUUGAAAGUGUACCUUCGUUCUUAUCUUUCUGGGAACGCAGCCUUGGCUUUCUCGGCCAAAUCAGCGAGCAGAACGAGGCGAAAACAACGCCAGCUGCGUUUAUCGCUAUGAACACUGUUUUCGUUGCUGCAGGAAGGGUCUCCGAUCGCUUGAAACUCUGGGAAUCGUCCUGGCAGACAUGGACACACGCCGGCACUUGUCUUCUCGGAAGCGGUCGGAGUGCGGAGGCGGUGUCACAGGAGUCUUUCCAUGCCUGUCUUAAAACAUUCGGAGCGCUCCGUCAACUCUCACCUGGUGCGCUUGGUGAGGCUGAUCUGCAGCAAUUUCUCGAGAUACUUUACGACGUCCUCUCGUACCAGGAAGGUGGCACGUAUCCCUAUGACAUGGACAUCCUGUCGCCUGUACAGACCGCGGUCCUGUCAUGCAUGACUUCUUUUACCGAGGAGUCCGCUAAUUCACCAGUUGACAUCAUGGACUUCCUAAUAAGGGCACUAAGAUUAGCGAUUCGAAAUGGCGGUCUUAGAGUCAAGGGUAAGCCGACUUAUGUGGCUUUUACAAAUGCUGCGAUCGAGUUCGCGGCAACAUUCUACGCCGCUCACUAUGAGAACACAUCCAUCUACCGCUCUGGCUCAUACAACUGUCUGGUUAGCGUCCUACAGGAAUACGUCACCCUCAAAUAUCACGGACCAGAUCAAGGCAAAUCGCGCAAGAACCCCAAUUUAUGGCGUUCGGCGACGCAGCCUUUGGUCGAACUAGCUUCGAGGGGUCUCCCUGUUCUGCUCAGAGAAGCCCCGGAGAGACGUGCCCAGGUGAUGAGAACGAUGUUGAAGGGGAUGAGUAGUAUGACGUUUGUCUCGCCGGAGGAUUAUCUCCUUCAGGCCGACAGUACGGAUGAGAAUUUCGAUAUGGACGCAUUAUCGCAGUUGCAGGAACCCAUUGUUACCGCUCUUGGUCACGAGUCCUCUACUGCUUCUGAUGACGAUCUCGUUGAUGCGUACAUCACAUUAUUCGCCCGAGCUUCCGUGAUCAACCCCCUCCGACCCAUCCGCACCUCCUCGGCACUCACCCCCGAAGAAAAGCAAUGGGGCAAAAAUCCUAACCCGCGACGCGCCAUGGGAUUGUUCUGCCUGAACGAGCUAUUCCGCAUCAGCGUUGUCGCCAGAGAGAGAAAUUACCCACGAAUCACGGAAAGAGCGGUUGAAGCAUCUCUCCGCAGAGCCAUGAUGACACUCGAGAAUUUUGUCGUGGAUCGGCCUGUCGCGGGUAAGAAACCGAUGCGGAAGAUGGAAAAGAAGGAGGUUAGGGAGAUUGUUGAUGGGGUGCUUGGGUUGGGUGGAAGAAAGGACAAGCCGUUUAUGAAGUUAUACCCGUUAUUUGUGACGGCGUUGCCGCUGUGUGGGGGUGAGAAGGACAUGAUGGAUACGGUGGGUAGGAUAUUUGCGGCGGCACCUUGAAUGAUAUUUGAUGACUUUCUCACGCUCAUGGC